GUUGGAACGGGAGUCGCGCUCGGGUCUCGCUUGCUAACCUCGCUGGCUGGCUGAGGGGCUUAACGUGUGCGAGUGAGUGCCGUUCGUUCGUCGUUUCCACCUAGAUACUGCCCCAAACGACGUGUUGUGAGCGCUCAGACGGGCAACGCUCGGCCGCCAAGGGCCAAAAUGUGUGAUUAACCCUCUGUGAGCACGCAGGAUUUUGUCCGCGGAAUGGCCAAAAUUCUAAAUAAGGACCCAGUCACAUACCAAAAGGAACGUGACGGUUUUCUGAGAGAACUGCACCACUUCCACGAUGGCCGAGGGACUCCGUUCAGACAGGUUCCCCGAUUGCACGGCCAUGAAGUCGAUUUGUAUUUGUUGUACGUGCUGGUGACCGCACACGGAGGAUGGGAGAAGGUAAACCAGCGGGCGGAAUGGGACGUCCUCCUCGAGCAGUUCUCGCUGCCGUCGAGUUGUGUGAACGGAGGAAUCGCACUGAAGCAGAUUUACAUCAGAUACCUGGAGCGUUACGAGCGGGUCCACUUCAUGGGCGAAGUCGGCGAUCAGGAAGAAGACGCCGAGGAUGCUCACAAUCGACGAUGGUCUGUCCGUGCGAUUCACAACGUUCCUCUCACCUACAACCACCACCACCACAACAUCUCAGAUACUGUUCGGAGUAAUGUGGGCCUGUCGACAAAGCUCUUCAAGGCGACAGAGUACGACCGACUGGCUUUGUCUCUUUUGUCACCUCUGCCCAACGAACAGGACUACGCCAUCAACGUCUGCACACUGUUGUCCAACGAGGGAAAACACACCCUCAAGUUGGAUAGGUGUCCGCGUCUCGUUGACUUCCUUUUGGCGCACGCUGGAGUUUUUGCAGAAGCUUCAUUACGAGACGUGUUCAUGGACAUGUACAAGCGGGCGAAGAAUCAGUCUACCAGACGCUUCUGGGCUGACGUCAUUGAGGAGAAAGACUUUCUGGAACUGACUGACCCUCCUCCCGUAAAAGAAUUCAGCAAUUAUUGCCUUCCACCCACUCCCUCCUCGUUACCGGACAACUUGUUGGACAGCGAGUCUGUUCUCGGGGAGUUGAGCAAAUGCAUCGAGGAACUGCCGGACAGAACCUCGCCACCAUCCACGAAACCUCCAAGUGUAGUGCCUGAAAGUGAAAAUACUGACGAUUGCGCUAUGGUCGACUUAAGUGAAGUCCCCAGUGCCGAAAUGCCUUCCGAAGUCCAGACUGACCCUCCCGAGCCUGUUGUUCUUGACACUUCCAAUCGCAUGGAUGUGGCAGACGACGAACAGACUGUCGAAGAGUCCAAACCUGACGGCGAAAUAAAGCCGGAAGUGGUCAAACCUGAGAGUGAGGAAAGCGAAAAGCCAGUGGAAGUGGAGGAGGUGAAAGUGGAGAAGCCGAAAAUUCGGAUGAUUGAUGUGCCGGAGGAUGAAAUUCCUCAGCUACCCAAGCAGGAGAGCAAAAGUUUGUUUUGGUGCGAACCUGUGGACUACUCAAAGUUGGACGCGUUGAUCGACUUUGGACAGUUUGAAAGGGACUUUUUAUGCCUUGGUCGUGGCCUGGGUGUAGACGAUUUGCUUGGACAACGGGUGCUACAAGUUGCUACCAUUCUAAGGAAUCUCAGCUUUGAGGAGGACAACAUUCCCGUUUUAACUAAAAACCUGUCAUUUAUGAGGUUCGCCCUUAUGUGCAUGCAGUCCAAGUGGAACAGACUUUCACAAAUGGGACUGGACAUGCUGAGUCAGGUGGCUGGUGAGAUGGUGCUGGAAGACCCACAAACGGACACACUGGCGGCAAUGUUUUUGUCGACCGUCACCAAAGGCCUCUCGUCGCCGGACCGCUUCAUGAUAAUUUCUUGUCUGGAAAUAAUAAACAAGCUUAGUCAAAACGAGGUCAAUGAAGAGCUCAUGCUCAAAGUGAUAGAGCAGAAGGUCUACGAUCAGGUCUGCACCUUCCUCACACUCCACGACAUCAUGCUUCUAAUCUACACCUUGGAGUGCCUCUAUUCGCUAUCCUCGCUUGGCGAGAAGGCUUGCAACAGCAUUUGCAGGGUCCAUGGUGCUAUUGACACUCUAGUUUCACUUAUCACUGUGGAGGCUCAAAGUUAUGGUCCUCGUGCGUGCAUUUUAAUGCGAGUUGUUGAGAGGGUGCCAGAGCAGGGUGGAGUGAUUCACCCUAGCAGCAGCAGCACGGUCAUCAACACUCCCACUGGUGCUGUCCAAGCCCCGCAGCUGACCCAACUCACCACAAUGAAUGCAACUCCUGCUGCGCAAACAACAGUCAUUACCAAACAAAUCAUAACACCUCAAAGGCCAAUUCAAGCAAUGCCCCAGCAAAGUUCUGGAACCACAACCAUCGUCAUCCAAGCCCCUUCACCUCAAAUAGCGCAACAGCAGCAGCAACAACAAAUUCAAGAGAACGAACAAUUUGUAAUGGCGUGGCUAAGGACAAAUUACGAGAUUGCUGUUGGGGCCACCGUCGAUCAGAACGAAAUUUAUCACCAAUACUUGGCCGCUUGUUCAAAAGUUGGGAAAAGAGGCGUUCCAUCAUUCCAGUUCUCUCGUUUCGUCAGGACUGUUUUUGGAGGCUCUGUUGGACCAAACCCGAAACCGAACGCAGCAUCCGGGGCCAGCCAGGAAUACCAAUACGUAGGAAUUAAGGUGCGAGCAAGUGCUGUGCCCCUUGUUGUAGCUUCUGGUCCUGUUGCUAGCCAACAGCAGCCCACCCCAUCCCCCGCUCCUGCCACUGUAGCUGAAAAUGCCCCCAUAACACCAGUUGCCUCUGCGGCGGCUAGCGACCCAGCGUUAAAUGCGCCGUCGCCUAUACUUAAAGCUCAGCUUAGCGCGCCGUCCAAAUCUGGUGUUAAGGUGGACAGCAAGAGUCAGGUGAUGGCACACCCUCAUUUGACGCAGGCUUUGUUGGGUAAUGCACAGCAUCAAGCACAGAGACCCUCAUCAGGUCCCCUAUCACCAGCCAAUACCUCCCAAGGAGCCCAUUCAACAUGCUCUAACUCCCAACCUAGCCCCUCCUCCUCCACUCCAAACACCUCCCUGAUCAAGAGCCUUCUGGCCUCAAAGGUAAACACAGCCCCGACUGUAACUUCAACCUCUGUAGUUGAGAGCAUGAGCAUGUUGAACGUCGUGACUACCUCAUCAGCUACUAAUAUCACAGACGCUCAACAGCCCCAGGUAGCUCAAAGGCAGCAAAGGUUGAUGCAGCAGCAACUCCAAUCAGGGCAGCAAACAACAGCUGUGAGCAGCACAAAUAUCCCACCUCAAAUCAGUUCACCACCUCCACCUCUGCAGCCUGCCAGUGCAAGUGUCAGUACAACCACCAAACCAGUUACAAAAACCGCAGAUUCUACAGAGCAGCCAGUUGUCAUUCCCAAGGUCAAUGGCACCAGAGGGCUUUUGUCUCCAGAAUUGCAGGCUGAAAACAGCAUGGACACAACAGACAACCUCUCCAAAAGCAACACCCUUCUUCCACCGCCUCCACCUAAAUCUACGAAAAUCGACGAAGAUUCAAAUUCAGCAGCGUCGACAGCAAACUCAAUAAUCUCCAGUGGCGGCGGCCUUUCAACAGAUGGGGACGGUGACAAUUCGCUCACCAGUUUCGAAGGAAUUUUGCUCAAUGGCAUGCCGCACAACCUAGACAUCGACAAUGAGUCAACCGAGGAGAUAAAGCCGACAAAUGGCAACCUGGAGAAGCCGAAGGCCAAAGGCAUGUUGGCUGAUCUUCUUGAGAAGAAGGUGGCCACUAAAGAGCCCAUCAUCAACGGCAUCAUUGGCAAGGAAUUGCGAAUCAGCGAAAAAGGCCUGGAGCUGGUCGAGAAUAGUUUAGACGACACCAACCAAAGUGCCGAACAAACCAAACAGGGGCUAAAGCGACCGGCGCCGACGGCCACCCCGCCACAGGAAGCCAAAAAGAUUUGCCUGAACGGGGAAGUCAAGGCUGAAAAUGAAACUCCUGAAGCCAAAUCCGAACCUGAAAAUUCGUCCGAGGUUGCAAGCACGACUGAAAACACAGCAACCACCACAUCCGCAGCUAUAACUACGCAAGCGCCUGUCCUGAUGGCAGCGCCGAGGCAGAUCAUUGUCGCGCAGGGCGGCAUCCAACCUGGCCAGGUGGUAUUUACGCAGGCAUCGGGCAUGCCAAUGAAGACGCAGGUGAUCGUCCAGCAAGCUGGCCAGCGACCGAUGCUCGUACAAAACCAACAGCCGAUGUUGAUCAACUCAACUGUAGGUGGCGGUCAGCAGCUCCUUCUCACGCAGAACAACGGCCAAACGUAUGUGGUUGCUCCUUCGCAGGGCCUGUCUCAGGGCCAGACCUUCCUGUUAGCCCAGAAUCAGCAGCAGGGCUCGAAUCAAAAAACUAUCAUCAUCCUUCACCAGCAAGGUCAAAAGGUCGGCACGCCAGGUCAGCCAAUGAUGGUGCAGCUUCCACGCAGUGCCAUCCAAGGUGGCGCCUCAGGUCUGCAAAACCUGAUGUUCACUCAGGGCAGUGGUGGCCAGAUGACUGUCACCUUGCCUGGCUGCAACCCUAUCAUCGCCCGACCAGUCGACCCAGCCAAUGGAGGUGCCCAACAGGUCAUCAAAGUUGUCACCCCUGCAAGACCUGCCACCCCAGCAUCCACCUCAGCCACCGUCACAACCUCUGCAGGAGUUACUGCAAAUUCCACAAGUGCGAGUUCAACGCCCACAAGUACGACAACCACCACAGCAACACCGGCUCCCAUAACCGUCACACUUCCAGUUUCUCCUUUUGUUUGCGAGUGGAGGGGCUGCAUGAGAAUUUUCAAGUCUGCCAAUGAAGUGUACAUGCACGCCUGCCAGAGCCACUGCCCGACUGGUCCAGAAGAUGUGCAGUGUUUAUGGGAAAGGUGCGACAAUUUGAAACGGAAAAGGUUUUCCCUGAUGACCCACCUUUACGACCGGCACUGCAAUAAUGAGACAAUGAAGGCAAUGGCUGUGAGGAGAAAGCAAAUGGCUAUGAGUGGCAAAAGUGAAAUUCCUGCUCCGGCGCCGCCACCUCCUCACCCAGGCUACGCUCCGAAUGCUGCCUUGCAUGCCAUCAAGAGACACGCCCUUGAGUUUGUCAACCCCAAGGAGCUGAUGCAACGAACUGCUGCGGCUGGAACAGCAGUUGCUUCAACUGCCACUACUUCUGUUACUUCUUCUACUCCAGACGCUGCUCCUCCUCCUCCCUCUAUUAAGAUAGGGGCUGCGGCCCCUCAAGUUACUCAAAUCAUUCGCCCAACCCAACAGCCUGCCGAAACUAAUCCCUCGAGACGACUUUCAUUCCAAGAUGAUAAUGAAGGGCCUGUAACAAAGAGUAUUCGCCUGACAUCGUCAUUAAUUCUAAGAAAUCUAGUCAUCUACUCAAACACUGGCAAGAGGCACUUAAGGAGCUAUGAACCUCACCUGGCAAGUAUCGCCCUGAGCAACGUGGAAUCAUCUCGGACAAUUGCACAGGUCCUGUACGACAUGAACCAGGCGUCUAACCAGAGCUGACCAGCCACUCUUUGUGUCAAUCAUUGUUAAUUUAUUGUACUUCCCCUCCACUUAUCGGUCUACAACACAUUUUGUGUCAAUUGCAAUAGCCGACUAACACUCGAAUCAUUGCUCUUGAUCGGCAGGUAAACUCGUAAAAUGUAAUCUUGAUUUUUUUAACAUAAUCUUUGGUUAGUGAACAUCAAAGGCAACAACAAAAUUUUAAAUGUGGAAUUGACUUAAUGUUGUAUUGCAUUUUAGUUUAAAUGGCAUCUUAAGGAAUAUGCUUUGUGCUUUAAGGUUUUUUACACUUUCUUGUGGGGUAGGCUCACUGUUUUUUUAAGUGCGUAAAUUUUUCAAACGAUGUUUAAAAAGUAAUAGGAUACUUAUAUCAUGCCAAAGAGAUGACCUGUUGUUGCAAAAGUUAAUGUCUGGUAAACCCAUUGGAAUUGUCAAUCUAUCUCGCACAAAAUGAAUGAAACGAUUUUUGGUCUCGGCAGACUGGCUUCAACCGUGAGCCUACCAUGUCAGUAUUUUGCUGUUAAGCUUGCCCAUGGAAUGAUAAAACUUUUCUUGUGAUACGAAAGGUCUAUUUCAUGAGUGAGAAGCUCUCUUUCUCUCUCAGCUAACAAAAAGAACAUUUCAAGGAUCCACAAGCUUUCCGAAUGGAUGAAUUAUUUGCUUUUGACCUAUGCUGGAAAUAAAUUUGUUAUUUUUUAAGAAAAUAAAAUGCUAUAGACUCUUUUAAA